GCAGGAAAAUAAUUAUCUGCGAGUUUACAUAUAUUUAACAAUUCUAUUGUGUCAGGUGGAGUUUCUGUAUCCUUCUCUCUACAUCUUCUCUCUACCACCACCUCUUCAUUCAAUCACCAGACUUCCAGCACACUCUCUCGACAAUCAACAUGUCGUCAUCUUCCGCCGAGCAGAGAAGCGAUCUCGAAGAGGAGCAGGUCGAUCAGGAGAAGCCUCAGCGCAAGACAAAGACCAAGAAGUCCAAGGGCGAGCGACGCAAGCGACGUGCCCGAUUCGACGACUACGAUGACGAGCAGGACAACCAAAUGUCCCAGAGCAACUACAACGCCCAGCAACAGCAGAUGCAGCAGCAACAACAACAGCAGCAGAUGCAACAGCAGGGUGGUGGUGGCGGUGGAAAGAGUGAUGCCCUUAGUCUGCAUCUCGAGUUGAACCUCGAGAUUGAGAUUCAGCUCAAGGCAAGAAUCCAUGGUGAUCUUACCCUAUGCCUACUCAACUAAACACCAUCGCUCGGUGUACUUUAUUAUAAUAUUCAUAAAUACUGCCUAUGAAUGACAAACGACUGUUGGAAUUAAACACGGCGUUGGGGUUUAUGACUGGAUUGCAUUUCCUAGGAUAUAUACAUUUACACACACAUGUGCUGGUACUCAAACAAUUCUCUAGCAUGUCCCGUCAGAGACAUAGCAUGAAUAUUUUAUAUACUUAUUUUACCAAUCAUACGAUUCAUUUAUCAA